GGGGCAACACACACAACAAGGGCUGGCUACGUCACUCCACUCCCCCCUCUACUUCCUUUCACCAAACUCAGGCGGGAUUGCCGAAAAACAAAGGAGGCACGGACUGAUCCGUGACAAGCAAGAACUGAGGAGGGAAGUGCACUCGAAAUUGAGCAACUGCAUCUGACGGGUAAGGAAGAAACGUGGAACAGAUAUAUAGCUUACACGACAAUUUUAUGCCAGCUCUGUGAGAGAUAAAGCUCCAACAUCUCGCCGGAGUGACAUAUUUCGAAGACAUAAUAACGAGAGAAUGAACAUGUCUGUCUUCUUGCUCAUAUUACUGGUUCUACAUGUGUCUGCGUCUGGCGCGGUACGUCUUGAUUCAUACAAUGUGGACCCAAAAAGUCUUUCAGUCUCUGGCAUUUCAUCGGGUGCUGCCAUGGCAACACAGUUCCAUGUAGCGCACUCAAGUGUUGUGAUGGGAGUAGGUCUUGUGGCUGGAGUCCCGUUCAUGUGUUCCGGAGGCAACCUUGUGACAGCAACUGGCGUCUGCAUGGAGUUACCUUCCACCAUCUUAGUUUCUGCACUUGAAGCAGUUACCGCCUCCGGUGCUUUAGUCGGCAACAUCGACAGCACCAGCAACAUGCGCAACGACCGUGUUUGGAUUUAUGCUGGCACACACGACUCGGUUGUCAAACCUGCUGCCGGAGAAAAAAUACGAGAUUAUUAUGCACAUUAUGUCAACCAAAACAACAUCAAGACUGUUUUCAAUAUUGCAUCUGAACACUGCAUGCCAACGGCCAACUAUGGAGGCAGGUGUGACGCUCUCAACUCUGACAACUACCUCAACAACUGCAACUACGAUGCCGCAUUCGAGCUCCUCAACCACAUCUACGGCGGCAAUCUUAAACACGGAACAGCUGCCCAUGGGUCUCUAAUCAAAUUUGACCAAAGUGACUUCUUUUACUUUUCAUCGCCUUCAGUAUACAGCAUGGAUGAUGUGGGCUACGUCUACAUUCCAUCUGGCUGUGCCAGUAAACAUUCAGCCUGUAAACUGCAUGUGGCAUUCCAUGGCUGCAAGAUGGGCCAGACUAGGAUAGGUGACGCCUACGUGCGCCAUGCAGGAUACAACGAGGUUGGGGAAGCCAACAACAUCAUCAUCCUGUACCCGCAGGUGACGGCAUCUCUUACCAACCCUAACGGCUGCUGGGAUUGGUGGGGAUACACUGGACUUCUCUUUGCAACUCAUUCCGGUUUCCAGAUGACAGCUGUAUACAGGAUGGUCGAGAAAGUAAUGGACCUUUGACCCUAUCGAUCAUUUACAACAGCGAGCUACAACUUGUUUACGAUAUACUAAAUGCAAUUUCUACAUCUGUGUUAAGAUGUUGUAUAAUUAGGAAAUGCAAUAACGUUUGUAAUUGUGUCUAUACCACUUUUCUAAUUGAAAUAAAUAAUAUACAACAGUU